ACGAAAGUUGACUGUGGCGUUGGACAAGGACAGAGUGCCCGAGUGUCGCCUCUGAGCCCUCUGCAUUUAGAAAUCUAGACUAAUUCUAGAUCUAGAAUCUAGGAUAUUUUUAGGUCUUUUUGUUACUUGCACUUUUAAACUAUCAUACGUACACAAUGAGUUGGAGGCUUUCAAGGCUGCAAACAUUAUCAUGCUUGUUGAAUCGAAAUACUUCACAGUCUUUACUCACAAGCUCUAGCUGGUAUUCAACAAGAAAAGUUGGGGAAGUGAUUGAAGAUGUCAGAAGAAUCCGCAACAUUGGAAUCUCGGCUCAUAUUGACUCUGGAAAGACAACUCUAACAGAACGUCUGUUAUUCUACACAGGAAGAGUUGCUGAAAUGCAUGAGGUUCGAGGGAAAGAUCAGGUGGGUGCUAAGAUGGAUUUCAUGGAGCUGGAACGUCAACGUGGGAUCACAAUCCAGUCUGCAGCCACCUACGUUAUGUGGAAGGAUCAUAACAUCAACAUUAUCGAUACGCCAGGGCACGUUGACUUUACUGUAGAGGUUGAGCGGGCUCUGCGCGUGCUUGAUGGUGCUGUGCUGGUACUGUGUGCGGUGGGAGGUGUUCAGAGUCAGUCCUACACGGUCAACCGACAAAUGAAGCGCUACAACGUACCAUGUCUAGCUUUCAUCAACAAACUGGAUCGGCAAGGGUCGAAUCCCAAUCGAGUUCUGCACCAGCUCAGGUCAAAACUGCACCACAAUGCCGCAUUCUUGAACAUUCCAAUUGGCCUGGAAGCGAACCAGAAAGGCAUCAUUGAUCUGGUGCAGGAGAAAGCCAUAUAUUUCGAUGAGCCUCAGGGAAUUGUUCUUCGUGAAGAGGAAAUCCCAUCUGACAUGCGAGCAGAAGCAAAAGACAGAAGGCAGGAAAUGAUCGAGAUGGUUUCCAACGUGGAUGAAGAGCUGGGGGAGAUGUUUCUGGAGGAAAAGACACCAUCCCCGGAGGAAAUCACCGCUGCCAUCAGGAGAACGACCAACGACAGAACUUUCACACCUGUGCUCGUGGGCACAGCUCUGAAGAACAAAGGGGUGCAACCGUUGCUGGAUGCUGUUAUCAGCUUUUUGCCCAACCCUUCGGAGGUGCCCAAUAUCUGUCUGGACAAUAGUGAAGGAGCUGAGAAGUCUAAAAAGAUCAGCCUAAACCCAGCCCGCUCCACUGAUGCUGCGUUCGUUGGCCUUGCUUUCAAGUUAGAGGCAGGCAAGUUUGGCCAACUGACAUACGUGCGCGUCUACCAGGGCGGUAUCAAGAAAGGGGACACGAUCAUCAACACCAGAACGCAGAAGAAGACCAGAGUUCAGCGCCUCGUUCGCAUGAAUGCGGAUGAAAUGGAGGAUGUGCUGGAGGUAUAUGCUGGAGACAUCUGCGCUCUCUUUGGUAUUGAUUGCUCCAGCGGCGACACUUUUGUCACCAAAGGCAACAUGCAUCUCUCCAUGGAAUCCAUGUACAUUGCUGACCCGGUCAUCUCAAUGUCCAUCAAGCCUGUGAAGAAAAGUGACGUGGACAACUUCUCCAAAGGCAUUGCUCGGUUCACCAAAGAGGACCCGACGUUCCGCGUGCACUGGGACGAUGAGAGUAAAGAGACCAUAGCCUCAGGCAUGGGGGAGCUGCACCUUGACAUCUAUGCCCAGCGGUUGGAGAGGGAAUUCAAUUCCAAGUGUGUCCUAGGCAAGCCCAAAGUGGCCUUCAGAGAGAGCCUUGUGUCCCCGUGCGAGUUUGACUACCUUCACAAGAAACAGACAGGGGGGCAAGGCCAGUACGCCAGAGUCAUCGGAGUUGUGGAACCUUUGCCUGUAGAGGAGAACACCAAGCUGGAGUUCAGCAACGAGACAGUCGGUACCAACGUGCCCAGACAGUUUGUGCCUGCCAUCAAAGCUGGUUUUACGAAGGCAUGUCUGAAAGGAGGUCUCUCUGGUCACAAAGUGACUGGACUGAAAUACAGGCUGGUCGAUGGUGCCAAUCAUGCCGUCGACUCGAGUGACCUGGCUUUCCAGCUAGCCAGUGAGAUGAGUAUGAGAGAUGUUUUUGACAUGGGUCAGUGGCAGAUUUUGGAGCCUGUGAUGACAGUUGAGAUCAACGCUCCAGAGGAGUACAGGGACCAGGUGUUGGAGAACAUCACCAAACGGUCGGCCAUUAUACAGGGCACAGACAGUGUGGAAGGACACUUCACCGUCUUCUGUGAGGCACCUCUGAACGAGAUGUUUGGCUAUGCGACAGAGCUUCGAUCGCUUACGCAGGGCAAGGGAGAGUUCACGAUGGAGUACAGUCGCUACUGCCCAGCCCUACCAGAGACACAGGAAAAGCUGAUACAGGAGUACCAGGAGGCCCUCGAGGCUCAGCACCAGAAGAAGAAGAAGAAUUGAUGAGAGAUUGAAUAUUAGACACCCCCCCCCCCCCCCCCCCCCCGCAGCCCACCCCCACUUUGAAGAAGAAAAAAUGAUGAAAGUUUGAGUGCAAGACACCUCCCCCCCCCACCUCAAAACUGCCUGAAGUGUUUGAGACAGAGUGAAAUUUGGUCCCAGUGGAGUCAGUAUUUAAAGUUUUGGUUGAACGAUGGCUGUGUUUUUGACAAAUGGUUUUAAUGGGGAUGAGUGAGUUUUAGUUUGUGUUUGUGUGUGUGUGUGUGCGUGUCUGUGGCAGUAAAUGAAUGAGCUUAUGUAUGUGCAUGUUUAUGUAUUUGGGGUGAGUGGAAUGUAACUGUGGGAAUGAGUGAACAAGCUAGUGAGAGAGUGAGUGGAUAUGCAUUUGUGAGUGUGAUUGCACGUAUGUGGAAAUAAGUUGGUGUGUGUCUGUCUUCUGUGGGUGUCUUUGCUGCUGUGCGUUUAUGUGAUUUAUUUAUAAAAGAAAUAAAUUUAUGUAUUUUUGUAGGGUGAACAAAUUUCUAGCAUUUUCUCUUGUCCUGAUUAAAACAAUAUUUCUACAUUUUCUUUUGAUUCAAAAUUUCUCACAGCAACUGUUUCAUAAUUCGUUCAUCUCCGAUUUUGAAAAAGAAAGAAAAAGAAAAGAGAACACUUUCUAUUGCCUGAAGAGAAAUUUGAUUGACAAAAAUUUAUAGAUAUACAUUUGAGGCAAAAUAUGAAAUAAAUAAUAAGCGAUACAGUAAAGAAAAGUAACAUCUACAUCUAUUGAAAUACCUGAAUAUUGUCACUGAUUUCGAUCUGAUGCUUUUUCCUUUCUUUACAAAUUCUUCCUAACUUUGGUUGUUGUUAUCGCUGAAGUAUACACUUCUCACAGAAAUGUGAUUGUCAUUUCAUUAUCUGGGAACAGUCAAGAUAUUUCUGACCAUAUAUGCCUUCCUUGUCAUGUUCUUGUUUAUUUAAAUAAUUACACGUUCUUCUCAGGUUCCUUCUCGACUUCACUGAUAUGUGUUCUUUUCGUAUGGUAGAAUUUUGAGACAAGCACAUAACAAUGCUUUAAUGCUCGGGCAAUGUCGCCAUUUCUUUUUAAACAUUAAUGAACAGGUGGAAAAAGCUCUUGAGGUUUUUAAGAAAUAGACAAGACGUAAAAGUUUGCCCACAGUACUUUACUACUAUUUACUGUAAAGUGCAUGCUGAUUCCUUAUUCUGAUUAGGGACCAUCAACAACUGUGAUGUAGCGGCUAGGCAUUUCACCAUUGCAUGCUGAAGACCUGAGUUUAAAAGCCAUGUAGACGUUUCUCUCCCAGCCCUGUUGGCCCUUACAGUAAGUGUUGAAACCCACUUUGUAAAUUAUGAUCUAAAUUGUGUGGAUGGAGGUGUAAAACAUCUACCUGCAUUAUUGAAGAUUGAAAUUGGCUGUAGUUAUAGAACGAACAAGAAAACUGUAACCUCUUUCAGUUACAUGUUUAGAGCAUUACACCUUAGAUCAUGUUUGAAUGAAAGUGUGCUUAUUGGUUUUUUAUGGAGACAAGAAGAACUCAGGAGUGCCAGUGUGCUUGGCUGAGUUGAGUGCGGAGAGGAAAAAGAAUUCAUUGGUCACACUGUGAUUGAUUAAAAAUUGUUUUACUUCAAAAUAA